CCACACAGCACAGUCGAAAUGGCGACCGAACGUCCACUUAUUAGAAAAUACGGUGUUGAUGAAUCCGUAAAGUUAAACGGCUCGGAAAUGAAUUCUGCCUUAAUGGCCGGCAGACUCCGGGAUUACAGUCAGUUUCAUCGAAAACGGAACCUGGAAUCUUCGCCUGUUCGGGCACUUGCUGCUGAUCAGGAAGCCAUUAAAAGAGCGAAGAUAGACGACGAAACAACAGCAACGCGAAAACAACAAAGGGAUGCAGUUGACGCACUUGUCCCAGAUAUUACGCAUUUCACUGAAAGUAGCAACGGAAUGGAUAACAGAACCUCCGUAGCCCGAUCAAUGAACGAAAGAGCGCAGAGUGCCGCCACCACCUGUUCCGGUUCCGAUUUCCUUCAGCAGCAGUUCCAGAUUGCAGCGGAUAUGAGCCAAAAUCAGAUGCGCCGCAAGAUAACAUCUAGUCAAGAACUGAAACUGAAUGCGAUUCCGGUGACUGGUGGUGCGCAGAUUAGAUCGCUACUGAAUCAGCUGCCGAUAUCUGUUGCGCAGCUGCAGCGAAGUCUGGCGUCGGCCUCACAGUCUGAUGAACUUUCAGCAAGUGCAUCUCCAAACCAGGCUGUGGGCCAGCCUCGUUCGAUGAAUUGUCAGCUGAAUGAGCUCCCAGGAACAGUCGGUGCGCAGGCUGGAUUACUACAGAAGCAGCUUUCUGCAUCAGCUGUGCAACAGUGGCUGCAGAACUACGGUUUGAUGUCGCAGUCGGAUGAUUCGAUACUAAAUGCCGUUGGUGCCAUUGGAACAUCGCAGAAUUAUUUCCCAGCUGCAGAACAGCUACGACAGCACUUGAAUCUCGCACCGGACCUAAAUUCGCAAAGAGGACCUGUUGCUGCCGAUUUCAUACCACAUUAUAAUGUACCGUCAGACAGCGGACAGCCAGGGGCUGCACCGAAUGGUGAAAUGUUGAAGCGGUCUGUGCACAAUCAGUUUAUCCAGGGAUCCGAAUCAGCUCAAGGCAGUGCUUUGCUGCGAUCGGCUCUAACAAAAUUGCCAGCAACAGCGUUUUCGCCGAAUUAUUUGCAGUUACGUGGGACAGCUCCAGGUUCAGUCCCGGGUGCAGUGCCGUCCGCUGCGCAUCAACUUACGGCCCCAUCAUUUCACGUGCCACCGCAGGUUGCGAUACCGCAGCAGCAGCAGCAGCCGGUUUCCACUGCUCUUAUGAAUGAACUUCUUGCUAAUUAUGUCAAUUAUGGAAGAAUUAGGGAGCUAGCUUCCUCUGUAGCGCAGGUUCCGACGCAUCAGUUCAUGCAGACACUGCCAUCACCAAACGGCGAUCAGCAGCCGACAGUCCAGUUUUUGCAGGCAAAUCCGCAACUGCUGCUGCCACCACUGCCACUUCAGCUUCCCGUUCCGUCAACAACAAAUUCCGCUCUUGCAUCGUUGCUUACUGGUGUUAGCCGUGAUCUGGCGUUUAGCCAGUGGCUAGAUUAUACGCGCCUGCUCAACCUGCAGCCAAAUGUCGCUGAGACACUGCCGCCCACACCGUUGAAUCCAGUCCCAGUAGCCGUGUUACAGAAUGCACCAACCGCAUCGUUGCCCACUUUUCCAGCCUUGCAAACCCAAAUAACCGGCAUUGGGCUACUACCAGGCGUGUCUGAACAGAGUUCUGAUGUAACGGCAAGAAGGAGCCAUGACACUCAGUCUGCAGAGAGCAGUUCGCAGGACACUCGCGAACAGCCACCGCAGUUUUCAUCCGACGUGCGGACCGCAGCGCCUUCAACUGGUGCACUGCCCUCCACCCAGUAA